GGACCGGCUCCAUCCCAGUGACCCCUCUGGACGGAGCGGACAGCCGCCACCACCAUGCGGACCCUCGUGGAGCAGGCCGCCCUCCUGCUGCUGUGCUGCGGUUUUCAUCUCAUUCAAGCCAUGCCGAAUUCCACAGUGAUGCCUCCGUGUAAUUCCAGUGAACCAGCCAACAACUGCACUACAUCUUUAGCCCCAACAGAUAGUCCAAGGGUGGCUCCAGUGGUGAGAACCAGCUGCGUGGCGGAAAUGCAAAGCUACUGUUUCCACGGAGAGUGCGUUUAUUUGGUGGAUUUGAAUGAAAGCUCCUGCCAGUGUGAACUGGGCUACGUGGGCAAACGCUGUGAACACGCGAUCCUCACUGUCCAGCAGCCCCUGGGCAAGGAGUACCUGGCUCUGACCAUUCUUCUCAUCCUCUUCUUCCUGGCUUCGGUCGCUGGAGCCUUGUAUUACUUCUGCAGAUGGUAUCAAAACCGAAAAGGCAGGAACCAAAGCAAACAUUACAAACAGGUGACCACAAGGGACAAGAAGAACCCAGCAUUGCUCCAAGUAUGAACAGCACCCCAGAGGAAAAAGGCGAGGCCGCCGGGAGCCUUCUUAUUUAAUAUUAAUGUUCUUAUCUUAUUAAUAAUAUUUAUGUCCAGAGCCAAACAACUCCGGUUAACCAAGUGUUGUUUUUUUUAAAAUGCCCUGGGAAGAGGAUUGUUUUAUUUUCAUUUAUUUUGUUACUGUUUUGUAUUUGACAGAAUCAUUAUUUUGUAAAGUGCACAAAAUGAUAUUUCAUCUAUAAAGACCACUUUUUUUUUUUUCCAAUGAUAUGGGCAACUUCUUAAGCAAGAGGCUUUGUAAAUAGCAGGACAGACUGUGAGCCCACCCUUCAGGGAUUGAACUGUUUUCUCUGUCUGGUUCCAUGUCUUGGGGCUUCUGAUAUGUUCACAGGUGAUCAUGUGUUUGUCAUGCGUUGUCUAAUCCCAUGUUAUUUAUGCAGUAAAUGCACCUAGGGGGUGGGAGGGAAUCAAGCAUCAGGAGUUUGAGCCAUUUGGGCAUUGGAAAAUCUGCUCUGCUACCCACCCCGGGGAGAUAUGAAAUCCAAAUGGACCAGGCCCCUGCUGCAGAGCAGCCCUGCUGAAUUAAUUCAUACUCUCCCAGAAGGGACUUUAUGUUAUUCACUUGAACCUUUCAACCUCUUUUUAAAACUUGCAGUAUUUCCGUCACCAACCGGUCCUCAACGGCCCGUGAAGGUGGCGGAAGAUCAGACGAUUGAAACUUUCUGUGGUAUCGGGAGCAUUGAUAACUAGAAGCCAGAUCCUAAACUUCCUUUUCUGGAAAAGCAAAACUCUGACGUGCCUGUAGCUAGGCCAUAGGUGAUUGAACCUCGGUUCGAACACCGCGUUGGACUGUCGCAGUAGCUCUUAAGAGGGCAGUCAGGGUUGAUUGCAGAGAGGGGUUUUUUUUUGAAAAGAAGAAGCAGGGGGACCUCGGAUCUGGACUUCAUUUUUCUCACUUGCGAGAGAAGACCGCAGUGCUGCUUGGUCCAAUAGUUAGCGAGUCUGGGGACCGAGGAAUGUAUAUUUACGUUAAUUAUGGCUCAACCUUCGUUUUCCCAAUCCACUGGAGCAAACCAAACCUCGAUGGGGAACAAGGGAAUGGAGAUGGCCAGAAUUCAUCCGCACCCCAGCUCGAUCUUGGCGAGAUCGACUGCUCCAAGCUAUCCAAGACGGCUUGCAUUUGAAAAGAAACAGUCUUCGUGGACUCUCCGGAUCCUAAAGUGGUUUUGACAAAAUUCAAUUAUUUGAACCAAGUCGGAUGGAAAAAAAAUGGUCAUUUUCCCUGCUCUUGGUCUCCUUGGAGAUUAAUGUUCUUUUCUACCCAAAGAAUCAUUAUUUGGUGGCUUUCCUUUGGCGUUUCAGAAGUUGAAAUCGGACCUUAAUGAAAUAAGGGAACCAGGAGGGAUUUCAAAAGUGAGGCCAGAGUUGCUGAGUCCUCUGUUCAAAAUGACCAUUUCUAACCCACUUAAAUCAUUAUUUUGGUGGCUUUUUGGGGGAGCUUCAGAAGUUAAAAUUGGACCUUAAUGAAGUAUGGGAACCAGGAGAGAUUUCUAAAUUGAAGUCAGUGCCCUCUGUUCAAAAGACCACUUCUAACCCACGGAGGGUAUCAAUAUGAAAUCCACCUGAUCAUUAUUUCUGUUAUUAUUAUCAUAGUGGCCAAUUGAAGAUGGGUUUUCCUUUCCUGAAAAGAUUCAAUUCUCCCCUCUGGUGUGCCCCAAAGACUCCUCAUGAACGUCACCCAAAGCCAAUGGACAGCAAUGAGGGAUAGUGGAUAGAGCAUUAGUCUAGGAGUCAGAAGGUCAUGAGUUCUAAUUCUGGCUCUGGAUUAGAAUCCUGAACCAUUCAUGUUCUUCCCAAAGGUCCCUUUUGUCAAAAGCUUUUCCCUUAUUCUGCAGGAAGAGUUGGGAUAGCCGGAUCUCUCCUCAUUCUCUUCCCCUUCCUUGAAUUCUACUAUUGCACUUUGUAAAAAGGAAUUCUGUAAGGCAUUCAGGAUACAGAUUGUACUGAAGAUGCUAUGGAACAUAAGUUGUAUUGUAUGCAAUUUGAAGUUAUCUAUGAUAUAGUAGAUUUUAAGAAACUACUGAAUUGUAUCAAUUUGUUUAUGUUCUCAGUAUCAGCUUUCAUAGCAGGGUAACUUAAGAUAUUGAUGGGGACGAUGAAGACUUUGCAAGAUGCUGUUUGUUUUUAUUUAUAUUUGGGGGACCAAAAAAAAUUGUAAUGCCAAAAAAGAAAUCUGCAUUAAACACUUUGCCUACAAAA